UAUGUAAACAAAUAACGAGAUUAAUUUCAACAUGGCUGACAUAAUCCACGUGAAAGCCUUAUCCGCAUGGAAAUCGGUUGAUUUUAGUCACUUAAAAACUUCAAAAUCUGAUUUUGAUGGUAUCAUAAGUUUUGAAGAACUCACUGAUUAUGAAAUUAUCAAGAACAAUGACAUUGGUGGCAAGAAGAGAAAGAAAACGAAAAGUGGAGAGAUUGCAGAGAAUGAUGUGUUGCUGGAAUCAAGCAAAGGCAAGAAGAUGAAAAAGGGAAAGAAAGCAAAGAUGUCACAAGACUCGGACAUAGUUGAAGAAAAUGGCAGUGAUGGGAAUCUGGAAGAGAAGCCAAAUAUUGCUAGAGAGGAGGAAGAAGAACUGAUGAUGAAGGAAAUGUUGAAAUUGCACAAAAAACGAAAGGAGAAGCAAAAAAAGAAAAGGAAACAGAAAGCAGACAGCGGCAAAACAAUGUCUGAAAAGGGAACAGAAGAAUCUAUCAAUUCAAAAAUGCUUACAAAUAAAAAUGUUAAGAAACAAAAAAACAUGCAUGACUCAAAAACAUUGAACGUUACUGGUGAACAACCUACAGUAGGAACUGUUGUAAAAACUGCAGACACAAAUGUUGAUAACAUUGCUCAGAUUAUGGUAGAAAAUGUAAACAAAGAAAAAGACAUUGAAAAACUUAAAAUGAAGAAAAAGCUUGAAUUGAAAAAGAAGAGGAAGGAAAAACAAGAGUUGAAAAAGAAACAAAAAAAGGAGACACAGAAAAAGAUGGUUGAAGAAAAGAAGACAGAAAAGAAGAGUCAGCCCCAAAUAAAGAAACAAAAGCUGCAAAACAGUUCUGCAGAGACUUGUGUGAUUGAUGAAUCACUUGAAGGGAUGGAGAGUUGGCAGGAGCUGUUCGUGCCCAGACAGGUGAUGUGGGCCCUUCGAGAUCAGGGGUUCAAGGAGCCCACCCCCAUACAGGCACAGAUCUUGCCCUCCGCAAUAAGGGAUCAGAUGGACAUCGUCGGGGCAGCUGAGACGGGCAGUGGAAAGACAUUAGCAUUUGGAAUUCCUGUCCUGCAUUUUAUCUUGGAGCAGAAAAAGUUGGAGCUUGAAAAGGAUUCAGUGGACAGUGGCGCUGACAGUGGAGUGGACAGCAUGAUUGUUGACAGUGAUAAAGACGAUGGGGAAGUUUAUCAGGCAGUGAGUAGGGACAGCCAAAACUUGAAGCAAGAUACUCACACAGAAAUGGAGGAGGAAGAAGGAAGCAGUGAAUCUGAGGAAGAAGAAUUAGAAGAAAUAUCAGAGGAUGGUAAAGGGUGUGUCCGAGUGGUCAAGGACGUGGACAUGAGCUGGAUAACCUCUGACCCUGCACCGAUGGGUCAAGGUCAUUUAGGGGUUACAACCCCACGAAGGUCGUACCCGCGGGCGUUGAUCCUUGAGCCCACACGAGAGUUGGCCAUCCAGGUUAAGAACCACCUUCAGGCUGUGGCCAAGUACACAGAUGUGAAGAUAGCAGCAAUAGUAGGGGGCCUGGCUCUUGAGAAGCAGAGGAGGAUCCUCAAGAAGUGUCCGGAUGUGAUUGUGGCCACCCCUGGAAGACUGUGGGAGCUGGUGCAAGAGGGUGAGGUGUACCUAUCAGAGGUGGAGAAGACGCCCCAUGUGGUGGUGGACGAGGCAGACAGGAUGAUAGAGAAGGGACACUUUGAGGAGCUCUCUAAAUUGCUCGAGAAGAUGAAACGGGAAGGUAAUAGUGAGACUCGCCACACGUACGUGUUCUCUGCCACUCUCACACUGAUACACACCGGGCCACAGAGGGUCCUGCAGAAACGCAAGAAAAAAAUGGACGAGAAGACGAAACUUAUAUAUCUCAUGAAGAAGAUGGGACUGAAGCACAAGCCGAAGGUGGUGGACCUGACCACCAAGAUGGGGACCGUGGACUCAUUGACGGAGGCCAGGAUCAACUGCACCAAGGAGGAAAAGGACAUCUACCUGUACUACUUCCUGAAGCAGUACCCCGGUCGGACUCUGGUGUUUGCCAACAGCAAGGACUGCAUACGCAGGCUAGUGUCUCUGUUUGGGCUCCUGCAGUGCCAGCCCCUGCCGCUACACGCCGACAUGCACCAGAGACAACGACUGAAAAACCUCGACAGGUUCACAGCCAAUCCUAAAGGUCUGCUGCUGGCCUCGGACGUGGCUGCCCGCGGCCUUGACAUUCCCAACGUGCAGCACGUGAUCCACUACCAGGUGCCUCACACAGUGGAGAAUUACGUCCAUCGCAGUGGUCGUACUGCGCGUGCUAAUAAAGAGGGUCUCAGCGUGAUGAUUGUUGGGCCCGAUGAUGUGAAGAACUACCGGAAGAUUAUCAGCACGCUCAAUAAAAAUGAGGACCUCCCAAUGUUUCCGACGGAACAGGAAUAUGUUGCUGAAAUAAGAAAUCGCGUGAAUCUUGUCCGCAAGAUUGAGACAGAAGAGUACAGGUUCAAGAAGAAGAAGCGUCAGAAUGAAUGGUUUGAGAAGGCAGCCGAGGAGGCAGGGAUAGAUAUAGACGAUGAAGGGCUAUUGGAUGAUAUAGGAGACGACGUGGCGCAGGCCAAACAUCAACAGUAUCUGCAGCGUAUGAAGCACGAGCUGGCCCUGAUGCUCAAGCAGCCUGUGCACACCCACUCCUCCUUCACAAAGUACCCAACAAAGUCCGGGAGACUGGUACUCCCAGCAACAGACGUCAAUACUAAAGAUGCCCUUACACAGAUCAAGAAGAGCAGGAAAUCUGAUGAAGAAAAGGUCAAAGAUCAAGGUGAGGUCACCAAACCAAUGUCAAGGUCUCAGAAACGUCGACUACAAAGACUGAAAAAACGACUUGAAACGGCAGAAAAUGAGCCAAAGACAGCAGAAAUAGAGCAAAAGACAGAUUUAUAGUGUAAAUUUGUUGUCUUUUAAUGGAGACAUGUAGUUAUGAAUCUUUCGUUUUUAAAAUACAGUAUCAAAAACGAUAAAUUCUUUACCUGGUUGGGUUAUUUCGAAAUCACUUCUCUUAACACUUUUUGCAGAAGUUUGCAUUAAUUUUGUGAUUAAAGGACUUGUGAUAGGCAUGGACAAAUUUGAAACUUGAUGUCCAUUUUAAACAAACAGUUAUUUGACCAACAAGAAAUCUAUUGCUUUAUAUAAAAUACAAGUCAGUAGCUUAGGGAACAAAACUUAAGCCAUAUAUUUUAGUCUGAAAACAUGAAUUUUACAUUGAAAGUAUGAAAAACCAAUUUGCCAAUAACAACAGUCUGUCUGCCCCAAAAUUGUGCUGGUUCCCGUAAGUUUGGUAAUCAGCCGACAAGUCCAGGAACAGCCCGGUAGUUGACUGCCAGUAGCUGUAGGAGGCUGGCGGGGGCGUUGAUAGCGAACAGAGAGUACUCCCGGCCGCAGUUAACCAGGCCUGUAAGGGGGAAUAUAAGUCCGGAAUGUGGCUCUAUUGGGCAUUGUCGGCUUAGGUAGUACUUAAAAGUACCCCGUGUAUCAUUUAAGAAUACUAAAGUCCCUGGGUAACGUAAAAUUUUAUACUACCCCAGGCAGGGUAUGAUCUGGUUCCUUUUAGCGUUCUUUCGUACCCAGGUUACGUUGAAGAAUGCUUAAGAGUACCUGGGGUACACAUAAGAAGUACAAGAGCCGACAAUGACCAAUUGAGUGUGAUUGUGAUGAUGACUGACUAUAUUUAUUCAAAAGGCCGUUGUGUAUGUUCUUAUGUUUAUACGAGUUUUCCAAAGUCUGUAUUUCAUUAGCCUUUGUUGAUUUGUCUUUGCUCAAAACCAGAUGAUAAAACUAAAUCUGAAGAGCUGCAUUUUUGAAAUGAAAUAAAGGAACAUUACAAAGCACA